CACCACCACCACCCCCCCCAACCAGCCUCCCUGCGCUCGGUUAAUAACUGGAUGGAGGUUUUACUCGGAGGUGCUUGUUUGAGCUGUUGUGUUGGAAUAAGACUACAAGAGAUGAAGUGAAGAACCGGCAGCAGAACCAGAACCAGAAACAGGAUGUAACUAACCGCAGAGCAGAAUGUCAAGUGGAACAAAAGAGACUUCUGGUUGUUGUUCGCCUCCGAGUCUCCGCGGAGUCAACUAACCAGCAGCUACACCGGCUAACGCUAGCGACAUUACGGACAGACUUUCUGAAGUGGAUUCCGCUCUUGUUUACAGUUUUCAAGCAUCCUUGCUUGCUCGUUUGGUGAGAGGAUCUCAUUGACAUUUACUCGCCAUGGCAGCAGUGGUUAGCUACUCUCCACCGUGGUGGGUGAACCUCCUACACAGACUUCCACAUUUCAACUUAAAGUUCGAGCAAACAAGCAGUGAUUUCCAACCAGAGGACUGGACAUAUCAACAGUCCAUCCUGCUACUGGGGGGUGUGGCACUCGCCUGUCUGGCCUUGGACCUCCUGUUCCUGCUCUUCUAUUCCAUUUGUUUGUGCUGCCGGCGGAACAAAAAUGAGGAGCACCGCAACGCUGACUGUUGCUGCACCGCCUGGUGUGUCAUCAUUGCAACACUUGUCUGCAGCGCUGGCAUUGCUGUCGGUUUCUAUGGGAACGGCGAGACUUGUGAUGGAGUGAAUCGACUGACGUAUUCCCUGCGCCAUGCUAACCGCACAAUCACUGGGGUGCAGAAGCUGGUAUAUGACGGUACAUCCUCAUUGAACCAGACGGUAGAAGACAAUCUGCAACAGCUUGAGGGCCAGUAUGCGCAGCAUGCGGACUACCUGUCCAUCAUCCAAAAGCUGCAGGGCCAGCUGGAUGAGCUAGUCAGACAGAUGGUGGAGAUUCCCUUCUGGGGCAACACCAAUAUCUCAUUGGAGGAGCUAGCUGUCAAGAUUGAGCUGUAUGACUGGUACAGGUGGCUGGGCUACAUAGGCCUGCUACUGUUCGAUGUCCUCAUCUGCCUUCUGGUGCUGUUUGGCCUCAUUCGCAACUCCAAGGGAACGCUUAUAGGGGUGUGCUUUUUCGGGGUAGUGGCUCUGGUAAUCAGCUGGGUCUCCCUGGGGCUGGAGUUGGCUGUCUCUGUGACCUCCAGUGACUUCUGUGUUGCUCCUGACACGUAUGUCACCAAAGUGGCAAACCAGUUUGGAGUCAUCAAUCAAGAUAUCCUGCAGUACUACCUUAGUUGCAGUUUGGAACAAACCAACCCCUUCCAGCAGAAGCUUUCCGGGAGCCACAAAGCAUUAGUGGAGAUGCAGGAUGAUGUGUCUGAACUGCUGCGCUCUGCCACCAGAGAGUAUAAACAAACUAAGGGAAGUUUGGAAGAGAUCCAGGGGAUACUGAACACCACCGAGAUCAGUCUACAUCAGCUCACGGCCCUGGUGGACUGUCGCAGCCUGCACAUGGACUAUGUCCAGGCCAUGACAGGACUGUGUUAUGACGGACUGGAAGGCCUCAUCUACCUCGUGCUCUUCUCCUUCGUCACUGCUUUAAUGUUCAGCUCAAUUGUUUGCAGUGUGCCUCACACCUGGCAUGCUAAGAGGAGCGACGAGGACAGUGAGGAUGAGUCUCUUAGCCACGGGGGAAGGCAAAACCAUGAUAACCUGUACCGGGUCCACAUGCCCAGCCUGUACAGCUGUGGCAGCAGCUACGGCAGCGAGACCUCCAUCCCCGCUGCAGCCCACACCGUCAGCAACGCACCUGUCACUGAGUACAUGGCUCAGAACGCCAACUUUCAGAACUCUCGCUGUGAAAACACACCUCUGAUAGGACGGGAGUCUCCUCCCCCCUCGUUGUAUUUGACUGCCGCGGACAGUAACAGCGGUCACAGCUGGCAGUUAAAGCCUUCGGAGAGUUCAAGAUCGUUUUGGUAACCUCAUCUGCUAUGCUAACAGUACACCUCCAGCAUGCGGGCGAAGUACCUGGCCAACAGCCGGCCAGAUCCCAACAAUCCUCCAGCACAUUAGACAACACUGGACUCAUCCCGUCUGCAGCACUGACGUCUGUCAGCCAUCCAUUCAUCCAGUCAGUCGCUUAAUUAUUUCUCGUAGAUGGCUUAGCCUGCAGUCGCUCAUCCUUAAGGAAUCCUGCAGAUCAUCAAAUCUCCUCUCUCAGUAGUCUAUACAGUUUUGAAGUUCCAGUUUCCACAAUCCUUGGCUGAUUUUUAUUACUGCAAGAAUCUUCAUUGGUGCUGGGAAUUCAUCUGAAACUACAGAGCCUGACUGACUUUUACACUCCAAACUAAUUAUUGUGUUUUGUUUUUUUAAAUUUGUUUUACACCUACUCCACCAUGACAAAUACUGUGUCACAACUAACAAGGCAUUGCAUUGUUGAGAACUCUGGAAGUGCUCAUUAGACUAACACUGAUUUCUACUGGUUGCUGUUUCGUUUUGUAGUACUGUACUGCAAGCUCCCGUUGCUGUGGGAGACUAACAGAGAAAUGCCUUACACAUAAAUAUUAGAGGAAUUAGAAAUCAACUGGUUGCUUCACAACUGAGGUGUAGAUUUCUCACACUCAACAUAAAUCAAACUGAAUACAUUUCACAGUGCAACAUCUCAGUUCCUCAGGUUUUCUUUCUGCCCGCGGAACUUGAAAUGCAAGUCUGUGUUUUGAGUCAGCCGGUCAGAUUUGCGUUAUUCUCCAGUUAAGGUUGCCAUACUGUAUAUCACACAUGCACAUUAGCUUCUUUUUGCAUUUAAUGUUAAAUCUAAUGUCUGGGACCAGUUUUCCUGCCGUAUUGCACGUCUUACAGGUCUGAAACUGAAAUGUUUUUUUCUUCUCGGGACACUUGUAUUUCCUGUGGCAUUUUAUUUUAAAUACGUUGAUGAGCCACUAUUCCACAGCAGUGACUGUAACUAAGCUGUGAAUUUGAUUCUGGCACAUGCUCUCAGAGGACUUGAUGAGGACAAAAAUGAGCUGUCCUUGAGCUAGAAAUGCAGCUGUUUGACAAGAAGAGUCAUAGCAGGAGAAAAAAAAAAGAGAACUGUAAUGAGCUUGAUGAAGAAGAGUUUUUGUACUACUGGAAUCAGAAACUUUUUUACAGCCCUUUUUGAAGACGAUGGUGAAGCAGAGGAGGACGGAACAACAUUACUCCAGACUUUCUUUGCCUCUUCACCAGACUUCUUGUUAUUCUCUCCACAUUCCUGUCAAGUUGUAGAGCCUCACCUCCCCUAACAGAACCGGGAAUUGUCUACACACACAUCCCUGACUCUGAUCGUCUCUACCAAAUGCAUACCGAGUUAGAAAUUCCUUUCACUGAUUAUCUCGACCAGACUCUUAAUGCAGGUUUACGUGAAAAUAUGCAUAUCGCAGUUUCUAAGAGAAUUUCAAAGAGAAACAUAAUGCAUUGGCAAUGCAGUGUGUCACAAAUGUGUUUUAGCAUUUAUAACAAAAGUAGAUAAGAGUGAGUGGAUGCUGUGAAGGGAUCGUGAUGACUGCUCUCUAUAAUCUGGACGUUGUCGGUGGAAAUCUGGUGACUUUCCUGUUGAAACAUGACAUUCUUCAACUGUGGACUGCGAUGUUUGUACUUCUGCCGCUUCAACUUGCUUCUCCUAGAUGUGCAUUUUGACCAGUACAUGAGGUGAUUUUUUGAGACUGUGCCGAUAAGUUAAGCACAACUCUUUUACUAUCUGAAUAUCUUUUUCAAUGUCUUACUUGAGGCCAGUUUGUAAAGUUGACAGCUCUCGGUUGCCUGUGCAACCAAACGAGAAAAUGAGCCUGACUUUUUCAAAUCAUUUAUGCUCUGUAAAACAUUAUUACACUGAUGCAAUCUUUCUGUUUUUGGGUAGUAGUCAUAUUCUCUUUGUUGUUUGUAAUGCAAGGCUGUUGUACAGAUUAUAAACAUUUUACAAAAUGAAGAAAAAAAAGUGACAUUUUAAUUUUGAAUUUCUUGAAAGGCUUAUUUCCCAUUUUUUAAAGAUUUUUUUUCUAUUUGAUUUGCUUGUAGGUUUUUAUUAUUUUGUUUUAGAAUCUGUAGCAAUCACAAUGUGUUGCUUCAUUAAUGUGAAUACAGUAAAUAGAUUUUAAUUUUGAAAAGAAUUGAGUUUUUUUUAUUUCUGGAACAUCACUGUAGAUGUAAUUUUUUUUUUUCUUUUUUUUACAUCAUUUUUGCAAUCUCUAAAAUAUGUACAUGUAAAACCUGUGGUUAUAUUGAGCUUGAAUGCUGUGUUUUAAAAUUAAACAAAGCUUAACUGUA